AUGGGGUUAAAGAAAAUGUUCAAAAAAAAGGAUCCAACUGAGGAGGAGUUGGUGGACACGAUGCAAAAGGUUGGUAUCACCACUAAAACAGCUAAUAAUCGGCAAGAGAAGUUUGGUGCUUUUAGACAGUACGCCCAAGAAAGACAAGGUGUAAAGCCGGGAGCAGCACCACGUAACCCUUACGCAAAUAUGGCUGACUCACGAGCUAAUCCUUAUGCCACUGAAGAUCUGACGAGUGCACCCUCAUCUAACGGAAAUCCCUACGGAGAGCAGACACAUGCUGAUUACACAAGUCAAAGGCAGAAUCCAUACGCCAAACCUGCGGAACUGUCCCGCUCCUCAUCGUCAACGAGAACAUCUCAAGUACGUCUGCAACUGUCCAAAGGAUAUGCAUCUGAACUGCCUGGUGCUAGUGGAGCUUCCAGAAACAAUCCUUAUGCAUCUCAUUCAACCAGGACGAGAGCUGAUGACGAACUGACCCUCGAUCUCAAUGCGAUACCGACUGGAAAGACCUUUUCUGGGCCUAACAGAUCGAACAAUCAACAAAGAGAUGUGGAUACCUUAGAUUUAAAUGCGGACCCCGAUGAAGAAGAUCUAAAUCUUGAAGUUGAUGAUUUUCUACCGGAAGAUGAACAGGUGAAUUCUGAGGAGGAAGAAGUUGAAGGUAUUAAACAGGAUAUCAGGUUUGUUAAGCAAGAAUCGGUUGCCCUGACACGUAAUACUUUACGCAUGGCGCAAGAGGCUGACGCUUCAGGAACAAACACGUUAGGAAUGCUUGGAUCCCAAUCAGAACGUCUCUUUAAUGCCGAGCAAAACUUAUUGCUUGCGGAUACUCAGACCAAGAUAGCCGAUGAUAAGGUGGCAGAGUUGAAACGCCUCAACAGAUCGAUUUUUAUUCCUGCCUCGGGAAACCCAUUCAACAGAAAAUCACGCUUACGUGAACAAGAAUCGAAGUUGAAGGCGCAAAAGGAGCAGGAGAAGUAUCUUCGUGAAACAAAUCGUCAAGGAGUGUACGCUAGUGAACAGCGUGUGAAGCAAGGUAUCUCCAACAACUCCACACAAUCUGAUACCUAUAAUAGAUAUCAAGGAGAAAAACACUUACAGCAAGCUCAAAGAUAUCAGUUUGAGAAUGAUUCUGAGGAUGACGAGAUGGAGAAGGAAUUAGCGUCUAACUUGGAUCAAAUUGCUUCUUACUCUAAAAAAUUGCGAAGCACAGCUACUGUUAUGGGUCAGGAGGUUGGGGCUCAAAAUGAUAGGUUAAGGAAAAUUGAAGAGGAUGCAGACCGCUUGGAUAUUAAUGUCCAUCUCAACAGUACCCGUUUGAACAACAUCAGAUAA